GAUGGUCGAGAUGACCACAUGACGGAGCUGUUGGAGAGAUAUGCACCUAUCAUAAAGCUCUCAGGAAUCGAAGAGUACUUUCCCAGUUCUAUCGAAUACAUGUUGUCUCAUUACUCUUUCUCACUAUUAUUUGAAAAUGAACCAAGACUGAGAAGAAAGAACCACACUAUUCUCACACCGACGCAUCUAGACCGAUUCCCUCGAGACGGCUCGGGAAUUUUUCUCUCCAUUAGUGAACCACAUAAUCCUCAGCCAUUUCUAGACGACAGGUCAGAGUAUCUGUAUGGUCCAUCUCGCCAGGAAAGCUUCAGAAAGAGGGAUGAAGAUGGAAGAGAAAGAAUAUCCGAGCCGGUUUAUGCUUUUUGGGUGGAUCAGAAGAGAGGGGUCGUGGAUCUGUGGUAUUGGACCUUCUACCCUUUCAACUAUGGUAAGCCAGUGGGACCAUUUGGUAUCUUAGGGCAUCAUGUGGCAGAUUGGGAAAGGUUCACGGUGCGUACUAUCAAUGGCACAGCCGUCUCAGCCGACUAUAGUGACCACAGAGGAGGACGCUUCUCAGCCGGGACUGUACGAUGGGAAGAUGUAACUCAGGUUGAAGGAAGACCAGUAGCAUAUGCAGCUGCCGGUAGUCAUGGUAUCUGGCCAGGACCUGGAGAGCAUUUGAAAAACUUGUUCAAGUUGGUUGAUAGUACAGACGAUGAAGGUGCAAUCUGGGACACGAAGGGUCAUGUGGUACCUCUGAGAUGGUGGAGUGGACCAGAAACCAAGGAGAAAAUCAUUCACAAGCAUCAACUCCAUUGGUUGAACUUUCGAGGAUAUUGGGGAAAUAAAGGAGAAAGGGAUUGUUGGUGGCAUAAUCUCAUCGAUAUCUGUCAGCUGGUGGACGCACCACCUGGUCCUAAUAGAAGAUUUAACGAACCACCGGCUUGCAUCAUCGCGCCUCUUUCGACAGAGAGUUCCUCAUACUUCUUUUACCUCUCCUCUACCGCGGCACAUUGGGCAGAACUGAGAGAUGUGGCCACAAUCAAAGUCGACCAAAUCUGCGUCAGGCCCACCAACAACGGUGACGACGAUGACGACUUGGAUCGAUUCCUCAAUCAAGAUAUGGAUAUCCGGGCUGUGAGCGGUACCACCUCUUUUCUUGGUCUAGAGCAACAUUUCGUAACCAUUCAACCUUGUCAAGGAACAAGAUCAGCCGUCAAAGCUUACCGUCUCAGUUUAUGCUUACAGAACGGUAAAUGUAUUUCAACAUCACCAGAGAGAAAAGUAUGUUCGUACGAACCGGGAAAGGCAGGAUACAAAAUCGCCAGUGCAGUCAGCGUGGACGAUGUGGACGAUUGGGGUUGGAGUAUGUGA